GCUGAGAUAUAUAAAUGAGCCGGUUGCUGCAGUGCCCCAUCUGGGAUCCUCAGCCAGGGCACUGCCGUAGGCACGCAGGGUGCUGGUCCCACGCCGGCGCCUCGCCUGGAGCCCCCGCGCCGGGACUGACGCACCUUCGGGCCCCGUCUCCGUCCCCCCUCCGUCCCGCCCGCACCAUGAGCCGCCCCGGACUGCUGGCCGUCCUGCUGCUGGCCGUGCCGGGCAUCUCCCUUCCUGUGACAAACGACAUGAAUAAAGGGGACACUAAGGUGAUGAAAUGUAUUGUAGAGGUCAUCUCUGAUACUUUAUCGAAGCCAAACCCCCUGCCGAUCAGUGAGGAAUGCCUAGAAACACUCAGAGGAGAUGAACGAAUCAUUUCUAUCCUUCGCCACCAAAAUUUAUUGAAGGAACUUCAGGAAAUUGCGGCUCAAGGUGCCAAUGAGAGAACUUGGCAGCAGAAGAAAAAUAGUGGUUUUGAAGAUGAACUUUCCGAAGUCCUUGAAAGUCAGAAUGACAAGAACAAGCAAAGAGAUGCGGCAGGGAAGCGCUCUGAAGAGGAGCAGCCCACGGGGUCGCUCGCUGAGCUGGCAGCACAGCAAACCCAGCAAAAUGAAGAUUCGAGAGAGGACAGAAAAAACAGCCUGGAGGAGAGGGACCCCAGGUCACGGGAUGCCAACCCUAGUGAGAAGGAGGAUCAGGAGGAAGCAGAGAGCAACGAGAUCAGGGACACAGAGGAUGCCCGGCGAGAUGAAGCUUUGGACAAUCACAUCAGUAAAGACUUCAGUGAGGAUGAGCAGCAGCAGCGAGGGGAUGAAAAGGAGCAGCCCAGAGGCCUCAGGGACAGCCUGGAGUUCAAGGAUGAGGGAGAGGAGCCAUCCAGAAAGGGCCAGGAGCAGAGCAAGGAGGCAGCAGGGGAACGUGUGGAGCGGGAGGAUGAUGGAGGAGACGAUGCUGCAGAGGAGGACCCUACCGAAGCAGAGAGGUCACUUGAUUUGGCUGAGGAGGACGAGGAGGCUGAGGAGAUGCAGGGAGAUGACAAUAAUGAUGAUGCUCUGGGAUUUGGCAAAGAUGGGCGGAGCUCUGAGGAGGAGGAGGAGGAAGAGCAGCCCGGGGCACUCAGAGGAGGAAGACAUCACCUGGAGGAUGAGGGGAUGCAGGAGGAGGAGGACACCUUCCAGCUCAGGAAUGCCAAAAGUGAGGAGAUGGAGGAGGAGUCCUCCAGGGAGUGGGAAGCCUCCAAGAGGUGGAACAAAAUGGAUGAGCUGGCCAAGCAGCUGACAUCAAAGAAGCGCAUGGAGGAAAAUGAUAGCGGGGAAGACCCAGACAGGUCCAUGAAAAUGGCAUUUAGGUCCCACAAGUAUGACUUCAGUGGUCCAGAGGAAGAUGUGAGAAGGUCAUGGAAGCAUCACUCAAAGAAGGACAGCAGUGAAGGAGGCUUCCCGCUUGCUCCCAUGCCCGAAGAAAAGAAGGAUGAGGAAGGCAGUGCUAACAGGAGAACAGAGGACCAGGAGCUGGAGAGCCUGGCUGCCAUCGAGGCCGAGCUGGAGCGCGUCGCUCACAAGCUGCACGAGCUGAGGCGAGGCUGAGGGCCCCAGCCCUCCCCACGCAGGUGAAAGCCACCACCGCCACCCUCCUCCCUCCCCACCACAUUUUCAUGUCCUGAUUUAAAUGCAAUUAAGCUGGAGCAGAAGCAUCGUGCCUAGGAAACCGACUUUGCUAGCACCCAGGCCUGCCUCCCUCGCUGUAGUAUUGUGCCCAUCGCCGCUUCUUCACCUCACGCUCCCAUCUGCACGGACGCCCACCCGCCCGGCUGGGCACCGGUGGGCACAAAGCGCAACUUACACGUGUAUUUUCUGUCCGGGUGGGGUUUUUUUCCCUCUGUUUUUUUAAAAGACAAGACAGCUUUCUAGAAAGUUCUCCUUCCACCGGUAGUUUCACUGGGUAAAAAACUGCAAUAACUUGUUAUCUUUUGAUUAAAAGCUGAAAACUCUGACUGUAAUAUAUUCUAUAUAAAAAAUUUAUCUAAGGAAAAAUAAAACUGCAGUGGGUUC